AUGGAGCGUCUGGGCUGGUCAGAGGACGCGUUCAGGGAGAUUGACAUUCCGCUGCAGGGCGACUCGCUGCCGAUAAUCUACGGGACGGUUUCAGCGGCGUGGUUGCACCCGAUACUCAGCAGCGCCCAGGGACCGGUCAUCGGGUAUGGAGUGCAUUCUACGUGCUACGGGUAUCUCUCUAAGUAUUCGUGGUGUCACCGGCCGCUUCCCGACUUGUUGCAUGAGGUCGCGGAGCACAUCUGGGUGACGGUCUGCCAUCGUGUGAUGGGCAUCUUGCACGAGCUGCACGCAAGAGGGGUUCGGACAGAGCUGCUCGGGUUGGAUGAUUUCUGCGUGCGUUAUGACCCGUGCGGGAAUACAAGUGGCGGCGAUGCGAGAGGUAGCCUCAGUGUGGCUCUUUGCGACGUUGACUCCUGUGUUGUGCGCAAGCCCAACCAGAGUAAUGGCGAUUGGAGAAAUCUUAUCGCCUCGAGUAACGAGGAGGACUGGCUUGCAGAUCAGCUGGAGAAGCUCAGCGGCGCGAAAUCAGCCGCCGAGGAGGAUGGCCAGCAAUUCUGUGGCCAUCAAUUGAACACGACUGAAUUGGGCUGA